AGUUUUUACUUCAUUUCUCCUGGUUUCCUCCUAAAGCCCUAAACCCUUAAUUUUUCACCCUCUGUAUCAUCAUCGUCAUCACCAGGAGGAGGAGAAAAUAAGUGGUAAGAGGCCGGCCUCAAGGUUAUUCGUGAUGCAAGGUACUAGGGUUUCUAAACUUAAUGUAUUUAAGCAGAAUUUGCUCAAUUAUAAACCCUAUUUUCCUCAUUUACUGAAUCGUUAUGGAGUUGAAUCAUUAUUAGAAAGGUUUAACACAAAUUCAUCUUAUUCUAGUUAUUCUAAACACAAGUUAAGGGAAAAAAUGAGAAACAAUUCUUCUCAAGAUUAUUUCCCUAAAAACAUGGAUUCUGAUGAUGAUUUUGAUAGUGACAAAACGUUUGGGAAGAAUACUAGAGCUAAUCAAGAUCCUCCAGUCCCUAUUCCUAAUAGACCUUUGAGAGGAGAAAGACGUAGGGAUCAUAUUAAUGAAGAUUUUGGUUUUAAAACGAAAGAAUCUAGACAAAUUCCAAAGGGUCGUUACACAGAGAAUAAAUCAUCUUCUUUUAUGAGAGGAAGACCGAGAAAUGAUUCAUUAGAAGGUGAUGAUCUUGAUGAUCUGUUCAUCGGUAGUGGUAGUAGUAGAAAUUUAGUCAGACCUAAUAAAAGUAGUAGUGGCAGAACUCGAAAGGAAGAGGAUAUGAAUCACUUUUUGAGAGGUUCUCAGGUUCAACAAUCUAAUAACAAACAAACCAUGGGUGCCGAUAAGAGAGUUAAUGAUGCUAACGGUGAUGGAGAAUCUGUUCGUAGUUUGUUUGAAAAGUUCAACCUCAGUAAUGACGACGAGAGGGAACAUGACCCCCUCAUUGAAAAUCAGAAUACACCUGCAGCACCAGAAAUCGUUGCCAAAGCAGCAGCAUCAUUGUCGCCAGAACAAAAGGAAGAAGUGGAAGCGCCUGCAAACCCUACACCACAACCACCACCGCAGGAUGCGGAUGAGAUUUUUAAGAAAAUGAAGGAAACAGGGAUGAUCCCAAAUGCUGUAGCCAUGCUUGAUGGCCUCUGUAAAGAUGGGUUAAUCCAAGAAGCCAUGAAACUUUUUGGUUUGAUGCGUGAGAAAGCUACUAUUCCUGAAGUUGUCAUCUACACUGCAGUAGUUGAAGGAUUCUGCAAAGCUCAGAAGUUUGAUGACGCAAAGAGGAUAUUCAAGAAAAUGCAGAACAAUGGGAUUUCUCCAAAUGCAUUCAGUUACACAGUCUUGAUCCAGGGACUACUGCCGUUUACUAAGAAGAAGUGUGAAGGGAUGACAAGCAGACUAGAGGAUGCACUGGAUUUUUGUGUUGAGAUGCUGGAAGCUGGUCAUUCUCCGAAUGUGAUCACAUUUGUGAGUUUGGUAGAAGGUUAUGUCAUGGACAAGGGGGUGGGAGAAGCUAACAGUAUGAUCGGACGAUUAAGGGAGAAAGGUUUCUCUGUUAAUGAUAAAGCAGUCAAAGAACACCUCGACAAGAAGGGGCCUUUUUCUUCAUUUGUUUGGGAGGCUAUCUUUGGAAAGAAAAUUUCACAGAGGCCAUUCUAGACAGCUUCAUUCCUAUCGUUAGUAGUUUGCUCGAAAACUUAUAGCAGAGCAUGCACAGCUAGAUAGCACACUGUCCAUAUACACAUAAAGCUGCCUUGGAGAGGAGCUGCAGGAUCCAUGGUUGACAUAGCAAAUGAAAACAGAAAAAUGCUGCAAACUUCAUUAUUUGAAUUUAGGGAUCUUGGUCGUCUUUAUACAUUUGUGUGUGUGUGUUUAAAUGAUUCAUGUGUGAUGUAAAUGUACAGAUCAUAUGUUCUGAGAACUUAUAGCUGUUUAGUUUGGAUGAUGUAGCGGAAAGCUGAAUUAUAAGGUGACCAUUGUAUGUACUUAUCAGGCUGCAGCAUCCUUGUAAUCAGUCGCUUAUUGCUAUUGAUAGAGAGCUGCUGCUGGCAUAUUUCCAUAGCUUUCUGUUGAGACUCUGAUAAGCAUCCGUGGACCAUCUCCGUGAGGCCAUAUAAAUUUAGACAAGCAUCAUUUGCAAAGUAAUACAGAACCUUGGGAAGUAUUACCUUGUUGUUGUUAUAUUCAUCACUUGUUCCCCACCUGUCUUUUGUGUGUUUUUGCUUGUAGUUGUUAUUGUUGUAAAUGGAUGAUGAGGAAGAUAAUGAUGAGAAGGUAUUAGCAGUAU